CUGUCUCACGAUUGCACAAGUGUGUUAUAAGCCAACAGACCAAGGAUGAGACCUCUGGGUUUAUUAGCCAUUUUAAUAUGUUUUCAUUUAAUUCUGAGAAAAUGUUUCUGCACAUCAGAACAAGACAAAGUUCUGUCCAUCACUGCUACAACAGAGGAGCAAGUGAGCAUACUGAAGAACAUAACCAGCCAUAAUGAGACGGUGCUCUGGCAGCCAGCAUCUCCCAGUCACAUCAAAGAGAACACACCGGUCCAUCUGUACGUCCAGUACAGCAGCAUAUCUUUAAUCACCGAGCUUCUAAUCACGCAUGGAUUCUCCUUCAGCGUUCUGCUGGAAAACACGCAACAACUGAUCCAGGAACAGACCCGAAACGAAACCACAGAUCCCAGGAGUGGUGGCCUGCCUCACGAGAGAUAUCACUCUUUAGACGAUAUUUAUUAUUACCUCAAUAAAACAACCCAAGAUCAUCCUGACAUGACGCAACUCCUUCUCAUUGGCUCAUCAUUUGAGAAAAAUCCACUUUAUGUCUUGAAGCUAUCAGGAAGGCGAGGCCCAGUGGAUAAAGCCAUGUGGAUGGAUUGUGGCAUUCAUGCCCGAGAGUGGAUCUCACCUGCGUUUUGCUUGUGGUUCAUCAGAUAUGCACUCAUGUAUUACAAGCAUAACUCUGACAUCACCAAAAUGCUGGACAAGAUGGACAUUUACAUCCUACCUGUCUUAAAUCCGGAUGGUUACAAGUACACAUGGACCACGAACCGCAUGUGGAGGAAGAACCGGUCGACGAGAGCGGGCAGCUUGUGUGCCGGAGUCGACCUGAACAGGAACUUUGAUGCCAACUGGUGCACGGUGGGAGCAUCCAGCGAUCCCUGUUCGGACAUUUACUGCGGCCAGUAUCCAGAGUCCGAGCCGGAGGUGCAAGCUGUGACCAAUUUCCUGCGCAACAACAAGGACUCGAUCAAACUUUACUUCUCCAUGCAUUCCUACUCGCAGAUGCUGCUUUUCCCAUACUCCUAUACAAAGGAGCAGAUUCCAAACCAUGACGAGCUGUUUAAUCUAGUCCAGGAUGCAUCCCUUACAAUACGGAGGCAUUACAAAAGCCUAUAUCGCUAUGGUUCUGGAGCAAAAACAAUAUAUUUAGCUCCCGGGGGAUCAGAUGACUGGGCCUAUGAUCUGGGAAUUAAAUACUCGUUCACCUUCGAGCUGCAAGACCGCGGGCAAUACGGCUUCCUCCUUCCCCCGAGCCUGAUCCCUAACGCCUGCAAUGAAGCUCUCGCCGGGGUCAAGACCAUAGCAACACGUGUCUUAGGGAAACUGCAAUGAAUCACCACUUCUGCCUUCAUCCUACAUAUAUGAGCUUGUAAACACAUAAGGUUCACACUGCCCUCAAUAAGUUCAUGUUAUUCCAAGUCUUAACACAUUCAGCUCAUAAUAAAGCACUUGUGUGAUCGGUGUGUGAUGUUGAAACUUUGCUGUGCAGUGGUUCCAAUAAUGGAUGAUGUUCCAGUAAUGUUUUCACAAUGAUAUACUCAUGAAUCAUGAAUUCAA